GGGUUAGUAGCCGGUCAACCCCCCCCCCACCACCGCUACCACCGCGCUCGGCAUGCGCGCUGGAGCCGGGCCCGAGGAGCGAGUGGAGCUGCGAGCGGAGCCGGGGCCCGAGGAGCCUCUGUGGAGUCGCAUGGGCGGCCCCGCGCUCUGCGGCCUCGCCGCGCUCGCAGCCGCCACCGCGAUUCUGCUGCUCGCCGUGGUGCACAGCCGAGGGGGCAGCGUGGAGCGAGAGGCGUGGCCGGCGGCGCCGCUGUUCCGCGGGGCGUCGCGCGUCGUCGACCUGCCGCUGGGCCAGCUGGACUGGGCGGAGCGCCUGCGAGCCGACGCUGAGGUCUGCGUGCUGGUGCUGUACGCGCCGUGGUGCGCGCGCUGCGUGCGCGCCGUGCCGCACGUGGACCGCGUGGCGCAUGCCCUCGCCGGACAGGUGCUGUUCAUUGCGGUGAACUGCUGGUGGCCCAAAGGGAGAUGCAGACGAGAGAUGAGCUUCUCUUUCUUCCCAGCGAUCCACAUCUACCACACCGGGCUCGGCCCCAUCCCCUACGAGGGCCCGCUGCUCGCCUCCUACCUGCAGGCGUUUGUGCAGCGCGUGAUGGUGCCCGUCACGCACGUCGCCACGCCGCACCACCUCCUCGACUUUCUCGCCACGUCGGAGCCGGGUAUCUUGGGAUUUUUUGAGUUCAAUGCAUCUCCGCAACCGCCUGGGUACCUGGAGUUCUACCGUGCUGCCCUGCUGUCACUACAGAGAGACGGUUCGGCGCCGAUGCGGUUCGGCGUGCUGACGAGCGGCGGCGUUGCCCAGCUCGCGGGACUCGUGCGCCCGGGCUCCGUGUGCAUGCCCCGCCUCUUCAACUCCACCGCGGUGUUCACCGAGACCGGCGCGGGCGCCACGGCCGAGACGCUGUAUCGCUGGGCCGCUGGCGCGCGCCAGCCCCCGCCGCUGCAGUGGCUCCGGCCCAGCGGGCGCAAGAGCCUGCUGCUCAACACGGAGCUGCGCAAAGGCCCCGCGCUCAUCCUCUUCCUGCCCUUCCGGCCGUUGCGCUCGGACGGCCACGAGCUCCUGCACAUGGCAGAAGAACUCGCCCUGGAGUACCACAACUGCGAGUGCAGCGACGCCGUGUCCCUGCUGACGAGACACCUGCGCGGCAAGCAGCGCGGUGCGGAGCCGGAGCCGCCCGCGACCUCGGCUCCCUGCUGCAGCUGCCUGCUGCUGCAGCCGCGGCCUCCGUCGGGACGCCCCCUGGUCGCGUGCGAGCUGUGCGCGCUGCCGCCGGUCCCCUCCUGCCCCGUCGGCCUCCCGGCCUUGGCGGCCCUGCCGCCCGCCGCGGGAGGCCGCGCUUCGUGCGACGGCCUGCGGGCCCAGGACGGCUACGGCACGCGGAGGUUCAGCCUGUGUUGCCGACGGCUUGGCCGCGCGGAGCCGGGGUCGCAGACCGGCGUGCCGGGUCCUCUCGCCGGCGGCCUGGGCGGCGGCUCGUGUGACGGCGGCGGCGCGGGGGCGGUGGCGGCGCUGCGGGGCCUGCGGUGCCGCACCAACCGCACGCUGCGCUUCUACGCCAUGGACUCGGAGCUGCACUGGGAGUUUGCGGAGCGGCUGGGGGCGCCGUCGCCGCCGGCCCCCUCCCUCCCUCUCACGUUCGUCACCAUCGUGAGCGUGGAGCAGGAGCAGCACCACGUGCUGCGGCACAACCACACGGUCAACCGCACGCAGCUGGUCGCGUUCGUCGAGCAGUUCAGCCGCCAUCACAGCAACCUCCAGCGGCACUUGAGCUCUGGCUGCGGCGUGGCGCGGCCGCCCCCCACCUCCGCGCGGCCGCCCCUCGUGAUCGAGGUCACGACGACCACCUUCCGUGAGCUGGUGCUCGACCCGGCCAAGGAUGUGCUGCUGCUGUACUACACCACGUGGUGCGGCCUCUGCUCCACGCUGAGCCACCGCUACCUGCAGCUGGCGUCACAGCUGCGGCACAACGGGCACCUGCGCAUCGCCCGAAUCAACGGUGACACCAACGACCUGCCCUGGGAGUUUGUGGUAGAGCGGUAUCCGACACUGCUGCUCUUUCCCGCACACAGGAAGGACAUGAGCGUGCGCUACCCGGACGAGGCGCCCUUCUCGCUGCCCGAGCUCGGCCGCUUCCUGGUGCGGCACGCGAGCGGGGCGGCGCGAGAGCAGCUCGCGGCCUCCACGUCCAGCGGGGAGCGGGAGGAGGAGCAGGAGCAGCAGGAGCAGCAGGAGGCCGAGCUGCACCAGCAGCAGCGCGAGGCCGGGCGCCUGCGCGAGUCGGCGCGGGCGCUCGCGGCGACAGAGUCCCAGCUGCGAGGCCGCGUGUCGGCGCUGCGGCGCGAGCGUGGCCGCCUGCGGCGCGACGUGCGCCACCUGGGCCGGGCGGCGCAGCGGCUGCGGCAACGCUGGGGUGGGCUGCGGGGCCACGGAGACCUCCACGGAGGGGACGCGGCGCUGGCGUUCCAGAGCGCCGUGCGGGCCCUGUCGGCCGAGAACUCGGUCCUCAAGCUCUACAUCGCCGCCCUGGAGAGGAAGGUGACCGCCCUUCUUGCUCGGCAGCAGCAGCAGGAAGGCGAUCGGCGGCAGAACAAACGGCAGCACUUUCACGAACAUUACCAGCGGCAUCAACGGCAGCUGCAGCAGCAGCAGCAGCAGCAGCAACGAAAAGAGCUGCAGAAACCCCAGCAGCAGGUGCCGCGUGGGCAGGACGAACAUCGCAAUCAUUACGAACGGCGUUGGCAGGAAAUUAAAGAUCGGCAAGAAGAUCGGCAGGAACACUGCCGCAGCCGACACGAGCAGCAGCUGCAGCAGGAGGAGCAGGGGGAGCAGGACGCUUGCGAGUCACGGGACGGCGACCCUGGCGAGCGGCGUGGGUCUUUGCUCGGCUCGAUGGACGGAGACACCGCCGGGCAGUGCGGCGCUGAGGAUUUUGGGAGCGCGCAGAGAAGUGUCGAGCCACUGGACGGCGCUUGAAUGUGUCAAAGGGUUCGGAGUGCACGCGCGAGGUCGGGGAAUAACUGCUCCUCUGUGGCGGCAGCAGGAAGUCUGUAAUUAGCAAACAGGGUUGGCGUCUGUUCAUUGCCGUAAUGAAGUAAUGAUCAUUUACAGAAAGGGGCCCCAUUGAGUCGAUGGGGCAUAAUGCUAAUUUAUGUGGCCGAUUAAACGGAUGCCUUAACUGUUUUUUAUUUAUACAUUUUCUUUAAAGUCCUCAGUUUUAUGAGCAAAUGACGAUUAUCUUAAUUGGUCCUGGGCCUCCCCUAUGCUGUCUUAACCUCAUGAGUACCUGGUGAGGUGUGUAAACAUCACCACUGGGGAGACAAAGGUGGUCAGGCGUGGUGCUGGCCACCCACCCGCUAGUGUGCCGUGCCUUGAUAGGUGCUCGCGAACAGCACUUUCCCCAAAAGUCUGAGGCUAUACAGGGGGUUUUCGUUGUGUAUGCACACAGAGUGAAGCAGCUUCAAGUGGACCAGUUCCCAAAGGGCACACGCAUGACGCAAAUAUCCCGUCUUGACUCACAAUUUAAUUCCAGAUCAAUUGCAAGGUGCGUCACGCCGGUGUGCAAAUCCUCCAUGGACCACUCUGGCCAUCUCCCGCGGGGCCUCUCUCUCCUCGUUAACUCUGCUCCAGCAAUUAUCAGGAGCUUCCCAGCGGUGGGAUGUUGUUCCUGCUGCUGCUGCUGGAAUUCCCACGCCCCUGUUGCCCGCGCCCUGCCAACGAUGUCCAAGCUGAAGACCUUCCAGAGUUUCUCUGCCUUUGUGCUGUAUGGCAAUUGACCUCAAAUCACUGCUGCUGCCCCAACUGCACACCUACCCACCCACCCCUCCUAAUCACUCACAUUCUGCCUGGUACCACCUCCAGCUCUGUACAGCCAGUAGUGCAUAUGCAGUUUCAUUGACACUACAAAUGCAAAUUUCGCUGUGUAAACACGAGGGGAAGGACUUCUGUGCUUGACUCGUUAGGCACGCAAGGCCCACACCAUGCCCCCCCCUCCCCAAGCCGGGUGGGGCAGAAGGAAACAUUCCACAAGGCCCAGCUCGCGAGUUGUGGCACAGCUAAGGGACCCCCCGCAGGAGGACGCAACUCCAGCGUGCCAAGGUUGAGUCGUCGAGAUUUGUUUAUCAAAAUCUUUCGAGAAAGGCAAACACUGCAGUAAGGAUGGGGAGGUGUUUUUUUUCAUGUUUAAACCGUUUUCUUUUUGUCAAAGGGGUUGGGGGCAACUAUUAGUUGCUAACUCCAAUUCCUGCAACUGCACACCACAGCCUGUGGUGCUAAUCCACCCUGAU